AAUUCAGCAUCUGCAGGAAAGACCGCGAGAAGCCGGCAGCUGGUCGAAUCUCGCGAGAUCACUGCAGUCUCCAGCAGCGAGCUUCCCCGGAGCUCCUCUACUAGCUUAUGUGCAGCGCUCACAGUGCAGAAGCAGCUUCAGCCGCAGGCGCGUUCCUGACCAUGCGAGCUCCAGCCCAGGUUCGAUGCCUUUGUGCAAGCAGUCUUAACAGGAAUGUUUUAAUCACAUCACUGAUCUGAACCUGGAAAUAAGUAAUAGUUGUAUUUAAUGGCUCGCUUGUCUUACGUACGAAUUAAAUAUCUCUUCUUUUCAUGGCUAGCUGUUUUUAUUGGCAGCUGGGUUAUCUAUGUAAGGUACAACUCAUACACGGAGCUCUGUAGGGGACAGGAAUGUAAGACAGCUAUAUGUGAUAAAUACAGGAAAGGGAUUAUUGAUGGAUCAGCGUGUGAAGGUCUUUGUGAGAAGGAAACCAUUUAUUUUGGGAAAUGCUUGUCGGCAAAACCCAACAACCAGAUAUACUUAGGAAUCUGGGGGAACCUUGAAGGUGUGAUAAAAUGUCAGAUGGAAAACACUCUGCAUCUGGACUUUGGAGUUGAUCUGGAGCCCAGAAAGGAAAUUGUACUGUUUGACAAGCCAACAAGGGGCACCACAGUACAGAAGUUCAAGGAAAUGGUGCACAGUCUUGUGAAAAAAAGAUUAGGUGAUCAAGGCAAUCUUCAAGACCUGGUAAACCUUAUCCUCAAAGCGGCUGAUAGUAAUAAAGAUGGCCAUGUUUCUCUUCCUGAGGCCAAAUCUGCAUGGGCUCUACUACAGCUCAAUGAAUUUUUAUUGAUGGUGAUCCUGCAAGAUAAAGAACACACCCCAAAGCUGCUGGGAUACUGUGGAGAUUUGUACAUAACAGAGAGAGUGCCAUACACAUCUCUGUAUGGAAUAAGCCUACCAUGGAUCAUUGAAGUAUUUAUUCCCAUGGGCCUUAGAAAACGUAUGGACCAGUGGUUCACCCCGUCCUGGCCCAGAAAGGCCAAGAUAGUUAUAGGUCUCCUAGAGUUUGUAGAAGAUAUAUUUCAUGGUUUAUAUGGGAAUUUUCUCAUGUGCGAUGUAAGUGCCAAAAACUUUGGUUAUAACGAUAAAUAUGACUUAAAAAUGGUGGACAUGAGAAAGAUAAUACCUGAAAUGAGCCUGAAAGAAUACAUUAAAUAUAAAUCCUGUGAGUCCGACUCAGACUGUGUUUAUGGUGCAGACUGUGGUACAACAUGUGACCAGAGUAAAAGGUGCACUACUGAUGUAACCCAGCCAAAUCUAGCAAAAGUUUGCUUAUUGGUGAAGGACUAUCUGCUCAGUGGAACCCCAUCUGAAAUCCGAGAUGAGCUGGAAAAGCAGAUCUACUCCUGCAUUGCCCUGAAGGCUGCAACCAAGCACAUGGAAAUGGAACAUGCAUUAAUAUUAAACAACCUGAAAGCUCUUUUAUGGAAGAAAAUUUCUCAUACUAAUGAUUCCUAAUUCAUGUCAGACUUGUAACACAUGCAGUGAGCUUGGACUAAUGCACUUUCAGUUUUUGUAUGUAUGUUUUUUUUAAUUCUACUUAGUUUGACAAACAUUUUUCAUACCGUUACAGCAUUCAUCAAAACAAGAGGCUGGAAAGAAUUAUAGGGUUUUAUGAAGUGUCGCUUUGUAAAGUGAACCGGUGUACAUUUUUGUGGUUUGCACUGUGUUACUGUCUCUCAUGUAUUCUCCUUCAUCUGCAGCAGGAUGUCUCGUGUGCACUUGAGCUGCACCAAUUGUUGACAGAACAAAAUAUUGCCACUUUUUUCUAUUCAUCACAUUUGCUGAUUUUACAAUGCUGUGAAAUUUCCUCCUAAACUUUCAGUGGUCUUUCUCAAGACAUGUUUGCAAAUUACUUUUUAAGAAUUACUGGCCAAAAGACCACUCACUGGGUGGUUGAAUAGAAGCUGCUGUUAUAGUUCAGUUUAAGAACACUUACAAGAUAAAAGUUUACCAAUACUUUAGCAUGGGUAAUUUUGCACACACUUGUUCAAAACAAAAGGACUGCUAAUGUGAACAAUAAACUUGUAGCUCAGCA